AUGAAAACCGAGUUCCCCGAUCCGGACGACAUUCUCAACUUUGUCCUGACCAUCGAGCCUGACGAGGGCAUGUACCGCACCGGCCGGUUCACGUUUGACUUUGCUAUUAACCAGAACUUUCCGCACGAGCCCCCGAAAGUAAGGUGCAGAGAGAAGAUCUACCAUCCGAAUAUUGAUCUAGAGGGCAAGUUUCUAUUCCUGGAGCCGAACGCCUCAGACCCUCUGAACAAGGAAGCCGCUGAGGACUUGAGAGGCAACAGAGAGGGAUUCAGACGUAACGUACGAACGUCUAUGAAUGGAGGAACCAUCAAGGGUACAUCAUACGACCGCGUAUCGAAGUAG